AGGAUGUCUUGAGUGACUCCAAAUCGGGAUGAGGCUUUGAGCACGCCUUUUCCUCCAAGUGUUGCCAUAUCUUGUAAUCUAACGGACUCAAAUCUGGACUGGAGGAGGGCCAGUCUCCGUGCCGGAUGAAGUCGAUUUCACGCGCCGCCAGCCAGUCUUGUGUGCUCUUCGCUUUAUGAGCUGGCGCCGAAUCUUGUUGGAAUACCCAGUGCCUGUUAUUGAACAUGGUAUGAGAAACAGGUUCCACAAGGUUCGUCAGGACUGUAUUUUGAUACACAACUGCAUUCGUUUUUACACCUUUCUCACAGAAAUGUACCUCUGUUAAGCCCCAAUAAGAAACUCCCAACCAUACCAUGAGUGAGGAUGGAAAAUGACCUCGUUGGGCACGCGGAAUAUUAUAUUGUUGUAGCUGUCUUCUACGGUAAAAAUUUUUUCAUCCGUCAAAAGAAUUUCCCGAUAUUUUUUUCCCGCGUACCGCUUCAACAAAGCGCGCCAUCUCUUCAGUCUCAGGUCCAUUAGACGAGCAUUCAUACGAUGUCCUGUUUUUAUUCGAUAUGCCCGAAGCCCUAAGUCUUCAUUUAAAACCCUUUUCACCAUGGUUCUGCUUAACCCCAUCUGAAGGGCCAACAGUUUCUGCUUACGUUUGGGAUUUCUUUGAAUUCGCGCCUUCACGGCUUUUAUCAAUGCUGGAGUCCUAACAGACCAAGGGCGACCACUUCUUGACCUGUCAUUCACACUAGUCUUCACUGUAUCGUUUGAUGGUACGAUAAACGAAUCUUUUGGUUAUAUAUGUCAAUUUGAAUUGGCGCGUAACCGCUACGAUGCAACGCCACAACUGCAACACGGUCUUCUUUAAGCGUCCACUCCAUAUUUGAAAAUGAGUAAAAUUCUAAAAAGUAUACAUUUUUAUUUUCAUGAACAAUUCGAAUUCAAUAAACUUUUUUGUGACCAGCAUUCUAAAAGAAAAGUUUUUACUGUGUGACAAUACUUAUGACCUGACUGUGUAUAUCCUUAGCUUGAAAGUCCAAAAAAUUUAAAAUUUUUAAAUGAUCUUCCGAGUUUAUUAAAUAUGUCACUAUAUCUAUUGCAUCUCUUUUUUAUCGAACAUUGAACACGAUUUACGGUUCUCAAAUUUAAAUUUAAAUUUAUCUAACGAUACGUUUUUCAAUACAUAAUUCUUAUGUAUACUUCAGAUACCUAGGAAAACAAAAAUGAAAAUAAAACCACUAAAUAAUAUUUAAUUAAUUAAUUAGUUAAAUUACAGAUUAUUAUUUUAAAAGCUCUUCCGUGUUUCGGAAGGUACGUUAAGCUGUUGGUCCCGGCUGCAGCUGCAGUCUUAGCACCCAACAAUCCGCCCUGGGUCCGCUUCGUGGAUCUUAGCCCAAUCUCCAUAUUCUAUCCAUAGGAAAGGCCUCACGAGCGUGAACAUUAAUAUGCUGAUGAUGACAUUAAUAUACUUUCCGUAGGAAAAUUAAUAAUGUUUUGUCACCCUACACAUGUAAUUUGUAAACAGAAGUCAAAAACUUACCUAUUAAUGAAAUUCCAUAACCAGCAUACGACUCACUUUUACACCAUUUUGUAUAAAAAAAAUAUCAUUUUGCACCAGCAAAUCACAAGCAUUUAAUCAUCAUGUUAAAAGUACCAUUUGAUUAUUUUCAUUAACACUGACAAUUGCAAGACAGGGAUAGAUUCCACUUUCAUCGUUGUCCCGCUCGGAGUAUUUUUCCCUAUUAUGAAGGUAGAAACAAAAAUUUACUUUAUGUAGGUAUAACUUUUUAGAAUUCUCAUAUUAUUUCGUAACCAUUCCAGAUGGUAUAUAAGUUCCUUGGCAAAACCUCAGAUUAAUGAUAGGUAUAUUGUUUAAUUAAAAAAAUAUAUAAUUUAAUUUUGUUAUUUAUGAGAAUAAUUUAACUCUAUCAAGAUUACUUUAAGCUCAUUCUAUCCAUACAGGAGUAGGGUAAGGCGGGGCACAGUGUUACACGGGGUACAAUGUUACAAUGCACAUUUCUCCGUCUCUUUCUAUUAGUUUUAUGAUGUUGGUAUACACGUAUGUCAAGCUCACAAGCCGCCAUCUAUAAACCGUUGUUUCUGCCACAGUUUGUACCCCGCUUGAAAAUUAACAAACAAAAAUUGUUUUUGUGUGAUUAAACGUUGAAAAAGCCGUCUCUUGAAAAGUUUUUGACUUUUUUUCGAACAUGUUGCAUUGAGGUAAAUUUAUUUAGCUACAUAUUACCUUUGAAUUAUUUGAUGUAAACAUUACCUAAAAUAUUCAUUCGAAUUUUUCAAUUUUGUUUGCCCCCCUGGGGCACUGUGUGACACUGUACUAUGUCAAGGUAUUAAAAGAAAAUGGUACGAAAUCGUAAGAGGAAGACGGAUUAUGAUCUUCACAGUAAAAAAGAUAUGGCAGAAGCGAUUUUGAUGGUUGAAAGUGGUGUUAGUCUUCGAAAGGCAGCAAAUGAACAUCACGUAAAUUUUAUGACAUUACAAAGAUAUGUUCAGAUGAAGAAAAAAUGUUCGGAGCAUGAAGCUGGAAACAUAGAACUUACUCAAAAUUAUACCAAUAGAGCGGUAUUCAGUAUCGCUCAGAAAAAGGCGUUGCAGAAGCAUUUUUUUUUUUCUCUUUUUGUUAAUUUCCUAUUUUUUUAUGUUGUAACAUUGUGCCCCUUACCUUGUAACAGACUACCCCACAUACGAGGCUCAGUAUUACAAUCGACUGAUUUAAUUAAAGUGCAAUUUAAAUUAAGUAGUUCCUAAUAAUGUUAAUGAUUGAGCUAUUUUAAUUAAAGAAAGAAUAUUAAAAGUUUAUUCUCAUACCAAAAACUAGCUGAUUAAAACAAUAUUUCGUCAUUAUAUUCCAGUAUAUUUUUUUGUAACACUGCACCCCAUCCUACCCUACACAUUGUAUUAGGUCUUACGAAGAAUCUCGAUAUGAUACUGUCUAUGGAUCGGGUUAAUAAAGAUGACUUGAAUGACGUAUAACGUCAGUUCUUCCUUCAAGUGUUUUAAAUUCUUCAAGACCAAAUAAUCUAUUAUUUUAUUUUUACCUCUAGUAAAGAAGCAAAAUAAUAAUAAUUUAAAGUUUAUGUGUUAGGUAGUGUUUAUCGCAUCGAAGACGUAACUAGGUAUGAGUAUCUAAUUUUUAUUAUACUUAUCACAAAUAUUAAUAAUGGGACCAAAAAAAGGGAGAGACCCCACCGCAGAUGAAAAUUAUUGGAGGACAUCAAUAGAAGACGCAACUCUUGACGAAGAUAAUUGGAAAGUGAAAGUCAUCAUUAUUGAAGCGGCUGGUAGUGAUCAAGAUCGUAUUUAUAUCAAUAAGUUCGAAACCGUUGCAGCCGAUGAAAAACGAUUUGUGAUAAAAAAUAUUUGCAAAACUGAAACUACUUUUAUGAUCAACCAGCUGGGCAGUGAGAAAAAAAUUAAAGAUGAUAAUCUCCGUGUAUUCGAAGAAGGACAAUAUUUCUUAAAAGAUAAAAAAGAAAUACCUCCUGAUAUAUUGGCAUUAAUUAUUAAACAUCUUAUUCUUAAAAUGAAAGAAGAGUAUCUAUUCAUAAAAAGGCAGCGGUUGGAAGUCCGAGAAGGAAUGAGACACGAAUCUGCAACUAUGAUUGACAGAGUGGAAGUAAGGGGUACCGUAAGUGUGAAACCGCCAGAGCCUCUUGAUCUACCGUCACCCAUUAAAGGUAAAGGUAAGAAAGAAGACCAAGAACCGAUUUCACAAACUUUUGAUCCUACGGAUGGGAAAAAAUACAAUACUUCAUUGAGAGUUCGUGGUGAAGAAUGGAGAGACAAAGUUUACGUUGAUGAUUUUCCAACAGAAGGACCAAACCUCUAUGUUGCUAUAACUGGUUUUGUCGAGCCAGACUUGCCUGCCUGUCUUAUAAACAUAGGCAUACCUUUGACAGCCGUUGUUCAAGUUAGAAUAGAUUGCACUGCAACAAAAGUACCCUCUAGCUUGAUUCGAACUAGUAAGAGAGGUCAAAGUCAAACUGAAAUUCUUGGAGAAAAAUCGAUGAAAUUUUGGGAAGAUAUACAAAAUCUGCGUAUCCAGAGAGAGACUGCUGAUAUUUUUAAAGAUACAGCUUUCAUAGUUUUUACCCCUCCUUACUGGGAAUCCGAUAAUCUGUCGGGAAAUUCCGAAAAAAUUUAUGAUGAGUUAUGCUUUUUGAUGUACGAUGUCCAGGAUUUGAAUAGACAACAUGUGCAUUAUUUAGAAAAUAUGGAUAUCAUUCAAAUUCCUUUAGCUAAAAGCGAUGAUCGAAAAUUCAAAUUUUAUCUCGAAGACAUACAAGAUUUCCCCUUGGAAUGCAUUACUGUUUAUUCAAUUUUAAAUAGUAUUCUCUUAUCUGUGGAAAAAAGUCAGGCAUUAGAGCAAAAUAGUAGUAUAACUUCAUUAUCUACCCCCUUGAUGUGUACCAAGGCUAAAAGUAAGAGUGUCGACGAAGAAACAAAGAUAUCACGAGCAGAGAAGCUAGUAAAGAAUGUUUUCAGUACUUUAUGUAAAACAGAUGCUAAUAAGAAAUCUUUUCGUAUUACUUAUGGCGAGGAAUACGAACAACACGAAGAUCCUAUAGUUAUCAAUUACGGUGAUACUGCGAAAUAUUCAACAUUCCAUUUAGGGAAUAUUAAUCUAGACAAUAUUGUCUCGACUACAUUAUUAGGUAUGCCACUAAAUAGUUUGUGGAAAAGUUUUAAUAAGGCUCAUGGAGAACUUGAAGCCAAAAUUAAUUUUCAUGUUAAUUUGCUUUUAUCUUGUUUCGAUAGAAAAGAUAUUGAAACUGCGGAACUAAAUAGACUCAUACACAUUUUAGCGUGCCGCAAAUUAUACAAUAAUAGAAGCUCAUUGAAGACUAAAGACGUAACAUCUUCAACCAUUAAUGACUUUAAAAAAGUAUAUUUAAAACGCAGUAUUUUAGCUGAGCCUUUGCCUCAAUGUCCAUCUUUGUUGAAAAUCUCUAAUUCCAUGUCGCCGUCGUAUCUAUCUCUGACAAAAAGCGAAAAAAUGUCUAAUGUUUCCCACGAAGACGAUCCUGAAGAUUUUCGUAUAAAAUUUCUCUUCGAUUGUCCAGACUUGAGUGAGUUGGUGUCAGCAGCUGAAAUUGCCAAUGAGCAACCCAUCAACCAUAUGUUUGAUGACUUUCAAUAUUUUGAAGAUUUUACGAGCAUCAGUGCCUUUCAAAUACUACUUGAAGCAUUUAACAUGUUUAACUGUAUAGACUACAAAUAUUGUGAAGUGACUGAUAGCAUUGUACUAAUGUUUUUUAACAGUCAUGACAAAGAUGGCGUAUCUCAUCAAGAAUGGCGAUGUCAUAUACCAACCCCGAUAAGCCUUCAAGAUUUUUUUGAUUUUGUACUCGAAGAGAACUUUGACUGGAUACAAAAUGGGGAGAAAAUAUAUGAAGAAAAUGUUAUAAUCAGAUCACAGUCUGCGUGCAAGGAAGGUGUUAAUCCGUUUCCUGAAAAGUCGUGUAUAGAAACAACAGAGGUGGAAUUAGAUCUUUUAAUGGAAGGCUCUUUAAAAUAUCAAGAAAUAGCUAAAAUGGAAGAGGUUAGUCCGGAGACUUCGAAUACUAAUUUUACUUCCAAAAAAACUACUUUAUCACCUAUUUCCAUAGAAGUCGAUUCUAAAAGUGGCAAGAAAACUAAAUCAACCGGUUCUACCCCUAAACACUUACGUCAAUCGUUUAUGGCACCAGGUGCUAGUUCUGACACAUCAGUACAAAUAAUUAAAAAACCAUUCAUAGGGUAUGAUUUAGGUAAUAGGAGAGUAGAAGUAUUUGGACAGAAUUCAACAUUUUUUUCUAAAGAUGGCACACGUGUUAUUAGCAAAUAUACACUCACAAUUCCGAGAAAUUUAGAGUUUAUUAUCUUGAAUGUUGUACCAGGAAAUACUGCUAAUGAAUUUUGGCUGCACAGAGCUUUGGGUGACUAUGUUCCUGCUGAAAUUAUGGACAUGUGUGAGUCAUUUAGAAUUACCAGCAAACACCAUGUCGUAAUAUACAUAAAAAAGCUAAAUUAUGCAUUUCCUCUUCCACAAAUUACACUGUCAGAUAAUAUAAGUAGAACAGCGCCCACGGUAAAUAACGAUGAAAACACUAGUUUAUUUGAAAAUCAUUGUUUGCAUUCUCUAUUAGUUACUUGGCCAAACGGCCUAAUAACUGAAUCUGUACAUAUAGAAAAUUCCUCUGAUGUAUCCCAUAUAAAACAGUACUACAUAAGCCCCAUUUUGAAUCUAGAUGAAGAAAUGCGAUUCGUAAGUUUGAAGGGCGAAGUUAUUAUCUUCAGACCUUCAGGAAUUAUUGAAGUAUUACAGCCAGAUGGAUCAAUUAUUAGGAUAACUAAAUAUGAAAAGAAAUUAAUUCAAUCUGAACCUCAAGAAACAUAUAGUGAGACUAGUUCCGAGAAGAGUAAGAAAGUAAAGGGAAAAGAUAAAGCUCCUGACAAAAACAAGGUAAGAAGUAAAACCCCAUCAAAAUCUUCUAAGAACACUGAUGUCGAUGAUUCGUUUGAGGUAAGUCCAGAAUAUGCCCUAGUGAUUGAAGAUUUUGAAACAAUUGAAUCAAAUGGACUGAGACAGCGAUGGAUCAAUGAAAUACCACAUCCUAUUGAAAAUUUGCUUAUCAGAACUGCUACAGAUUAUUGCUUAAGAGAAGUUUUUUCAAGACGUAUGGACGGGACGAAUAUUUUGCUUAACAAAGAUGGUGUUCACGUAGUUACAUUUCCAAAUAAUACUAGGAUAAUAACGAAUUACUUUGUAGAGGAUGAACUUAUUUAUCCUGAGUGGACAGAAGAAGAAAAAAAUCUGUUUUUUCUGUUUGACUCCGACGAAAUUGAAACGAGCACUGUAAAAUCUAAAGGUUCUGUUUCUCAAAAAAGCUACGUAGAGUCGCGUAACUACAGCGCUAGUGUAGCCAGUUCAAAAUUUGAAGAAGAACAAGUUAAAGAAAAGGAACGCACUGAUGGUUACGUUUCCGUACAAAUAAUGUAUACAAUUGAGCAUGCAAAUUUUUCUACAAUUACAAUAAACAAAUCUAAUGGUGAAAUCGCUGUGGAUUCUCCUAAUGGGACAAAGGUAGUAGUUGAUAUUCAUAAUCAUUACAAUAUAUGUCUUGAUAAUUUAACUAAUGCAAAAUUUGAUGGGAAAACUCUUGAUAUAGACUAUCGAUCUUGUUCAGAAUGCAGUUCUACUACGUCAUCAUCUAUCAGAGUAAGAACUGAUGAUAAGAGUAGUGUCACUAAAAUGCACCAGAACUGGUUAAAAAUGAAAGAUUCUUUCGGAAAGAAUAUUGUUGUUAAUGAAGAAGGACAUAUUUCAAUCAUGGAUGAACCAAAUUCGAAAGAAAUAUGCCUUAAUGAUGUAAGUGAAAACGUGGAAGAUAAAAAAAAUGAUAAUAAAUCUGACACUUCAAUAUUAUCUCAUGUAAAAUGCAGAGAGAUGUUUUUAGCUAAAGCUAUGAGAUUUUUUGUGCUUAAUCGGGAUCUUACUUGUUCUGAAUUGGUGCACCGAGCAAUUUUGAAUGAAUAUAAACAAAAUUGUCGCUGGCAGCCGUGGUGCUUAAUCAAUCAUUAUGAUACCUUUGGUGAUCAUCGUAGCCUUUUAUCAAUACUCACACCCGUGCAUUUGACAGAAACGGAGAAAUGGCUGAUGGAUUCGAAGUUGGCAGAUAAACCGAAACAUCUGACAUACAAAGAUUUGAAAAAAGAUUCCGGUAAAGGUUUCUACCACUGGAUGAGACCGUACGACAGAUAUCAACCCAAACCUAUGAAACCACCCAAUGUUCUGCCUGAAAGACUUCCCAGGGCUUUUAUUAUCAGAACUUUAGAGCAGCAAUGGAAGGACGACGAAAGGCAGACCUUGAAAGGGGCGAAGGAGCUGCUGGUGGCUAUUUUGCGUUACCGAAGGGCAAUGGAAUCAGACAGCGAGCUGAUCUUGCAUGUGCCUCUCAGGGACACUCGCAGCGAUGCAGAGAAACGUACCGAUGAUAUCAUUCAGGCUUUGGGACAGAGGAUAUACGACGACUUAAAAACUCGACUCAACCAGGACGUACAGAAACGCGCUAAGGCUGCAAUCACCACAAAGCCUGAAGCAACUCCAGAAAUGUCUUUGGAAAGCGAACUGGUAGAAGAAGAAUUUGGUGAGCAAAGAAGGUUAGAAGAGGAACGAGAAUCCCAGCUUAUAGAAGCGGAGGCUGCCGAGAUCAGCCCAAACCUGAAGCGCUACUGGCGACGCAGGGCUGAAGAGUGCAAAGAGGAGAAGUUCUAUAAGUAUCUAUUGCGAGAAGGCAGCGUACCCCCGUACUUUCGCAAUGUCCUGGGUGGUGCCAUCUGGUGGGAUAUAUAUAAUGCUGCGGAGGAUGCUGCAAAUGUGUCUGAAAGGAACAAAAUGAAAUGUGCAUGCGCCGACGAGGGUACUACACACACUGACGACUCUAUCACACCUUUCAUGUAGAACCUAACCGGUGAGAAUAAACGAUUUAUUGAUUGCUAUCCAUCUGUUUUCGAGGCGAAAACCAAGAAGUUAUUUAUUUCUACGUUUAAAAAGUUCCGACAUGGCCGCAUCCCCACUUAAUGUAAUUAUAAUAUUUUAAGCCGAAGGACUCAACUACGUAAUUUUCUUCUUCCGGUGGUAUAUGUUGUAUGUCUAUCUUCCAUUGCUUUCUGCAUUAUCAAUAUUCUGACUAUUUUUGAUUCUUUGAUCAUUUUUUUCCACGGUCUUCCUUUACCUUCCCUGAUUAUUUAAAGGGAAAAAUAUGUCUCUAUUUUUUUUAAUGCUAAAUAUGCAAGGCUUUUGACCACAAUCUCGCCUGAUGGAAAGCGAUGAUGAGGCCUAGGAUGGUACACGCCUGCCUAAAAGAAUUUUAGAGAACAUAAGUUAUUUAAACCUAAAGCAUGGGCUUGUAGUAACGUGUAGUUUUCAUUCACAACGUCUCGGUUCACUAGGUCUGGCUACUGACCAUGUCAUGACUCUAGGUCACAAGUUCGUCGCGGCCUAAAUGUACACUUAGCAGUUUCCUGCCAACACGAUCCCUGCAAGUGGUAUGCACACUUCCAGCCCCUCUAGCAUGACCACCGAUACGGGAUACGAUAAAGCAAUAUAUCGACAUUUACUGUCAGACUACUGUCAAUCUUCAUAGUAGUCUGACAGUUAAUGCCGAUAUAUCGCUUUAUCAUAUCCCGUUUCGGUGGUCAUGCUAGAGGAGCAGUAGCCUUAUUUUAUCUUCAAAUCAGUAUUUGAAGACCUCAGUAGGUCUUAACUGUAACAACACCACGGAGUUAAGCGAUAACUGUCCAUAAAACCGUUUGAUUAAAUGUGGUUACUUAAAUCUCUAAGUUUAGCAUACAAUAGUGUCGAUUCUGGCAUGAUUGAAACCUAAACUUAAAUGUGACAACAGUGUAACCUUGUCAUUCUCUAUACAGAAUGAAAAGGAGAGACGGAUGUUUUUAGUUUUAAGUUUAGAGAAUCAUGCUUUAUCAUCUUAUCGACAUCAAUAGCGCUCUUUAUAAGUAAGUAUCGAACCACAGACCAAGAUUGAAGUAGACGCUGCAUGUACUUCAAAUUGUAAGGAAACUGAGCGUGUCAGAUUUUGAGUACCUGCUCAUGAGAACAAAUAAGUGGUGAAAAAGCAACUUUCACCUAUUUCAAUUAUAUCGCUUUUAUAGCUUAAUAUGAAAUAGUUAGAUACUUAACUAUUAAACAUUACGAUUGACCUCCGGUACGGAAAAAGGUGACGCGAAGAAAUAUAUUAGCGUAAAAGAAUGACUGUCGGUGUUUCUUUUGGCACGCAUAGUACUUAUACUUGCGUUAUCUUUUUCGAUCUAUGUCUGUGAAACUAUCAAAUUAUGUAGUACUUAUUGGUGUCUAUUGACAUGAUUCUCUAAAAUUAAAUUUACCAACAGUGUAUCCUUGUCAUUCUCUAUACAGAAUGAAAAGGAGAGACUAAUGUUAAAUUACUUUUUAGUUAUUAGAUGUGUCGUUACCUGCGUCGUAACAAAGCGAGCAAAUACCAUAAAUUAGGCGGUGGCUACAAUUAGAGAAAUUCCGAAGAAAAGUUAGAUAAACUGUGUGAAAAAUAAUAUGAUAAAGAUAUACCUAUGUUGAGAUGACGGCUGAUCGCGUCUGUAAGAAAAAAAAAUAUGUACUUGGGAACAGAACAAGCGAAUGAUAAUGUCACAUGUUGUGAUGUUAUUAAUGUCGCGAAUUUGUGAUUCAAUAAUUUUAGUUAGUUUAUAUUAUGUAUUUCAUAACAAGGAAAUAAAUAUAUUGCUAACGUGUCAGCGUGUUUCUAGCAU